AUGAGACUUCUCCACCUAUUCCUCGCUAUUUUUCCGGCUUUUGGUAGAGCACUGAAAUUGUCAACAGCAACAAGAAAAAUGUGUUUCAGUGAGUUGUCAGCUGGCUGCAGUCUAUUCGGAUGCCUCCCGAAAUCCCACGUGUAGCAAUUGGAGCAGUUGGGGACCGUGCGUUUGGCCGGAUCUCAAAACUGGCGUAAGAAAUUGAAGAAUAAAAAGGGUCCAGUGGUAAUUUUAACAAAUUCUGUUCCAGAAGCCGUAUCUCGAGCAAAUCUCGUCAAUCUGCCAACAUCACUGGUUCUACGCGUUCAUCAAAAGAUACGAAAAGGCGCUGAACAGCUUCUACGACUACAUGGGGAGCGUGCUAAAAUCGAAGAAACCGUGCGGUCUGUGCUCCUACAAACAAUCGUGCGGAUUCGGCGGAGCGGUCAAGUGCAAUCAGAGCCCGUUGGCGUAAGUUAUAUCGUGACCGUUGCCCAGAAUCCGACCGACUUCUCUAUUUUCAGAGUAGAAGGCGGCCGCCCAUUGAUGCCAUUCUACGUGGCCGAGCGAGUUUGUAGCGGCCGAGAUUUGGGAAAAACCCAAACGGAAUCGUGCGUCGUCGACUAUGACGCUCUUAUGGCAAGUUCAUUCAUCAAUGCAGCGCACUUUCUAAACAGAGAGCAUUUUCAGGCAAACGGAGGAGAAUGUCAACUGUGGCCGUCGGCGAAAGUGGAUCUUUCGGCUGUUGAGCCUGAAUUCCGCGAGCACGUCUCCAACUUGAGUUGGUACACUUGUCUGCCGCAGAAUCGGUGCGUUUUUUUGUUGAGAAAAUUACUGGAAAAUUGUCUGUUCUUGCAGAAAACUGCGAAAGGGACGCGGAAAGAACGCCAAGUACCGUUACGAGAAAGUGUGCCGGUGCUGUUGCUUUCCGUUCCGCCCGAAUCCGAAGACUUUUAAAUGUGAGCACACGCCGGGAACCCCAAUCGCUCCCGGAAUGGAUCUUUUGGAAAGUGAGCUGAAAUCGAGCGCAAGGCGAAGAGCUUUACAAUAA